GUGGGGCGCUAAGACCCUGCGGAGGCUGCAGAGAGCAGUAUGCUAGCUGGAGCUGCUGUUGUCACCAGGAUUCAUGAACUACAUUUACAUUUAAUACUUUAAUUGAGACUUCAUCAUGUCUCAGGUGGAGAAGAAGGCAGGGCUGCUGAGGAGAACGUCAUCCUCUAAGAAACCUUUGAAAGAGAAGGUGGUGCUGAUGUAUGAUGAGAUUUUUGCAAAAGAGGACCCAGCCAAAAACAACCCUCGCUUCUGGGAUGAGCUGUUUCUUAUGAAGGUGAACCUGGAGUACCUGGAGUCCAAGUUGGAGAGUGUAGAUGGAGAAGAGGUUCAGCGGAUCCAGGACAACAUCAACUCUCUGUUCCAUCAUUGUGUUCAGGCUCUAGCAGAGGAGCACCAGAUCAAAGUGGUCAAUGCCCUGCAGACUCUCUGUGCACUUUUCCGAGGGGUUCACCAGAAGAACAAGUCAGCAUCUGGCUUUGACAUCAUCAACAUGCUCAUGGGGUUUGACAAGGCUGAGCAAAGGAUGAAGGACUUGAUGGAGAGACUGGACGGCCUCCUUUGUGGAGACGGGUCAGAGAGUCUGAAGAGCCUUUGUCUCAAACUGCUGCUGUGUCUGGUGACGGUAACGGACAACAUCAGUCAGAACACCAUACUGGAAUAUGUGAUGAUCAACAGCAUCUUUGAAGCCAUUCUGCAGAUUCUGUCAGAUGUGUCCAGUAGAGGGCAGCAUGGUUAUGAUGCUGUGGUUCUUUUGGCCCUUCUAGUCAACUACAGGAAAUAUGAGUCUGUGAAUCCGUAUAUCGUGAAGCUCUCCAUCGUGGACGACGAGCCGACGCUGGAUGGAAUGGGUAUGGUCGUCCACCAAGCACUGACAGAAUAUAACAGGCAGUACAAAGACAAAGAGGAGGAGAACCAGGGUGGCUUCUUCUCUACCCUCACUAGUAUGGUGGGCAACAUGUUUAUAGCAGAUGCUGAUGAGAAGCUCUCUGUACAGACCAAUGAGGCGAUUCUGCUGGCGCUGUAUGAGGCUGUGCAUCUAAACCGCAACUUCAUCACUGUAUUAGCACAGAGCCACCCUGAGAUUGACAUUGCAGUCACACCUGUCACCCCAACUCCAACCACACCUACGACACCGCUCGGCACAACGCCGCCCUCCCUAGACAUGAUGAACAACCCAGAACUGCCUCUGGAUCCCAACCUGCAGACCAGCAACCUUCUCAUCACCUUCCUCAAGUACGCCUCGAUUGUAAUGCAGGAUACUAAAGACGAGCAUCGACUCAACAGUGCCAGACUGUGCCUAAUCAUCCUCACCUGCAUAGCCGAGGACCAGUACGCUGAUGCCUUUCUUCAUGACGACAACAUGAACUUUAGAGUCAAUCUCCACAGAAUGCCCAUGAGGCACAGAAAAAAAGCAGUGGACAAGAACAUCCCUUCGCGGCCGCUGGUGUGUGCUGUUCUAGAUCUGAUGGUGGAGUUUAUUGUCACUCAUAUGAUGAAGGAUUUCCCCAUGGAUUUAUACUUACGUUGUGUACAGAUCAUCCACAAGCUCCUCUGCUACCAGAAGAAGUGCAGAAUCAGGUUACAUUACACCUGGAGAGAGCUCUGGUCAGCUCUCAUCAACCUGCUGAAGUUCCUGUUGUCAAAUGAGACCACGCUGCUGUCCAAGCAUAACAUCUUUCAUUUGGCCUUACUGGUAGUGAACCUGUUCAACAUGUUCAUAACGUACGGCGACACAUUUCUUCCCACAUCCAACAGCUACGACGAACUGUACUAUGAAAUCGUACGAAUGCACCAAGUCUUUGACAACCUCUACUGUAUGGUUCUGAGAGUAUCAACUAACACGGGCCAAUGGAAGGAGGCAGCCAGUAAAGUCACACAUGCCCUUGUCAACGUUCGGGCCAUUAUCAACCAUUUUAACCCGAAGAUCGAGUCGUACGCUGCUGUGAACCACAUCUCCCAGCUGUCUGAAGAACAGGUGUUGGAGGUGGUGCGGUCCAACUACGACACACUGACCCUCAAACUGCAGGAUGGUUUGGACCAGUUUGAGAGAUACUCAGAGCAGCCAAAAGAGGCAGCUUUCUUCAAGGAGCUGGUACGCUCCAUCAGUCUGAAUGUGAGGAAGAAUGUCUCUCUGAACACACUGAGUCAGGACGUCCUGCUCAAAGAGUUCUCCACCAUCUCCUGAGACACACACACACACACACACACACCCACCCGGCCUUCUCCUCCCUCCUGUUGGACAUACACAGUACAUAUUUUGUGCAUGUGGACUCGUAUGACUCAUAGUUUCACACAUACAACACAAACACCAAACCAGUACAAUCGUUGAUUCGUCUCGACUCCUCCUCCUCCUCCUCCUCCUCCUCUGUCUUCUGUGAACUCGGACGAUGGAAACUUCUCCCACAGAGACAAAAACACUCACAGGCUGGAUGCACCUUAAAACUCUCCAGACUCCCUUUUGUGGUCAUUCAUUCGUGUGUGUGUGAUUUAAGGAAGUGCCCAUAUUGCACUGGUUCCUCGUGUGCAAUCUGCAGUAUUGGCUGGACUGUUAACUGACACAUGAAAGUUUGGAUUUAAGAUGUUUAAAAACAAGUAUUUUUAACCCAUAAUGUUCAUCUUCACCUUCUCUCCCACUGGUGAUGUUGUAAGUAGCUUCUGCUGUCAAACUGAUCACAGUAUAUGAUUUAUCUCUUCGGUAAUGAAUUUCAGAUGGUUUGGGCUUUGAGUGUAACAUUAUGUUCUUCCUAACGACACUGGUAAAGGUGACCCUUAGCCUUUUUUGAGUUUGGUGAAUCUUACCGGAUAAGAGCAUUAACUAACUAGUCGAUUCAGAACUCUUUUCUUUCUUUUCUUUGUGUCCGAAUGCUUGUUGUGUGAAUGUUCAUUCUCUACAAGUAUUUUGUAUUUCCAUGUUUGCUAAAGGAUAGAACAUUUUGACCAGUAAAUGACGUUGAAGAUGCUCUGAAGUGAUUAAAACAUUUUUGUUUUUUGAACAAAGCCAUGACUAAUCUUCACUACUGUACGUCACACAAGUCAUUUCCUCCAUUAGUUUAUCAAACUAAUCUGAAUGUGUUGAAGUGAGCGGGUAGUUUAUAGAGGACAGAUGUUCAGAUAAUGACUAAACAUAACUUUAUGAUUCCUAAAAGUGAUUAAUGCUGGUGUGUCUCUAGCACAUGUAAAGUCAGUUAUAUGAAAAAAAAAAUCCAUACAUCCAGCUUUUUGGACUUCUUAUUGCUUUUUCUCACUUCUCAACUUAUAAAAUGAUUUUUUGACGGGAAGCAGAGCUGAUUCUUUUUUUUUUCAUCUCUAACCCCUGCAGGUAUGUUUCUUUAUUUCUGUCCUACUACUCAACUAGUGCUUCCUCUUGACUAGUCAGGAAACAUUAAUAAAAAAAUAGUCUUACAUAAUUUAUUCCACUGUUACAUCUAUAUUAUAAUGGCAAGCUCACAUCUGAUAGUUUUGAGUUUUUAACCUCCCACAAACAUUGUCCUCCGAGUCUGAUACAUUAGAUGUCAGCGGGAGACUUGAUUACUUAUCGCCACAGACUGAAAAGUGAAAGAUGACUUUCCAUUGGAUGGAUAGUGUCUUUGAUAACAAAUGUUUUUGUCUCGCAUUGUUUCUUCUCUUGUUCCCUGUCAAGCAUGUAUGAACUGUGAGUUAUGACUCGGUGAGUAAAAAGUGAAGCGGU